UGUGAAUAUGUGUUGGCACAGUUUUUGCUCACUUGACAUUUACUGGACUGCCGGGAGGAGGGUUUAGGGAAGAGGAGGUGGUGGAGGAGGAGGAGGAGGAAUUGUCAAAAAGGAAAGGAAAGGGAACAUUAAAAAAAAGAAGCCAGGAGGCAUCAGUUGAAAUCUGGCAUCCAUCCACCAUCCAGUGGGUCAGGAACAGGAUUUCAGUGGCUGUGAAGAAACCUCAAAUCAAAUGAUCUGGACAAGAGACGACCAAUAGGGAUGGAACGUAACAGAGCCAUGGCUGGGGAAGCGUUACGGAUCGCCAUCACUCAGAACCAGCACUGACCUGGCAGCCAGACCGAGGUUCCACCUCCUUCUCCAGCUCCCUGUGGACCCUGCUGUACCCCAACAACUGCUGUGUCCUUCACCUCCGCUCAGCGCUCCUGGGGAUUGUACCUCCAAGAAGGCUCCUUUUUGUCUUUCAGGGCCUUGGCUGCUUCUGUUGUUUUAAUCCAUCUCUUCUGCUUUAACACAUUGUUGGUUUUAAUCCACGUUCCCUCAUAGACUGGAAGCAGGUGGCUGAACAAUAUGAAUCCAGUCAUGUACUCCCUUCCACUUGCUCCAAGCAAACAAAGUCGGCGGGGUUUGUCGUCCAGGACGCGCCCCCUGACUCUUUUGACAGACUGGUGCCUGAUGGGGGCGCUAGGCCUCAUUCUAUUCUUCAGCCUGGCCUCGAGCCAGAAGAUGGACCCUUCCAAGCACCCCAUAGUCACCACCAACUAUGGCAAGCUCAGAGGUGUAAAGAAAGACUUGAACAAUGAGAUUCUAGGCCCGGUGGAGCAGUACCUGGGCGUGCCCUACGCCACGGCACCCAUUGGCGACCGCCGCUUUCAGCCGCCUGAGGCGCCGGGAUCCUGGCAGGAGAUCCGCAACGCCACGCAGUUUGCCCCGGUGUGCCCUCAGAACGUCCAAGGGGUGCUGCCAGAGAUCAUGCUGCCCGUGUGGUUCACGGACAACCUGGAUGUGGCAGCCGGAUACAUCCAGAACCAGAGCGAGGACUGCCUCUACCUCAAUGUCUACGUGCCGACGGAGGACGGUCCGCUCACAAAAAAACACGAUGAAUCUACAAUGAACAAGCCUCGAGACGAAGAUAUCCGUGACCGCAGGAAGAAGCCUGUCAUGCUGUUCAUUCAUGGAGGCUCCUACAUGGAAGGCACCGGAAACAUGUUUGAUGCCAGCGUCCUCGCCGCGUAUGGCAACGUGAUAGUGGUGACCAUGAACUACCGGCUCGGCGUACUGGGCUUCCUCAGCACCGGUGACCAGUCUGCAAAGGGAAACUACGGCCUGCUGGACCAGAUCCAGGCGCUGCGCUGGCUCAAUGAGAACAUCGGCCACUUCGGCGGCGACCCGGAGAGGAUAACCAUCUUCGGCUCCGGAGCGGGGGCGUCCUGCGUCAACCUCCUCAUCCUCUCGCACCACUCCGAGGGUCUGUUUCACAGGGCCAUAGCCCAGAGUGGAACGGCCAUCUCCAGCUGGUCUGUCAACUACCAGCCCCUCAAGUACACCAAGAUCCUAGCCCGGAAGGUGGGCUGCACCUACACGGAGACGGCCGACCUGGUCGACUGCCUGAGACGCAAGAACGUCAGGGAGCUGGUGGACCAGGACAUCCAGCCAGCCCGCUACCACAUUGCCUUUGGCCCUGUGGUGGAUGGCGACGUGGUGCCUGACGAUCCUGAGAUCCUCAUGCAGCAGGGGGAGUUCCUCAACUACGACAUCCUCAUAGGAGUGAACCAAGGUGAGGGGCUGAAAUUCGUGGAUGACAGCGAGGACAAUGAUGGCAUCUCAGCCGCAGCGUUCGACUACACCAUCUCGAACUUCGUCGAUAACCUCUACGGAUACCCUGAAGGCAAAGACAUCCUGAGGGAGACCAUCAAGUUCAUGUACACCGACUGGGCGGACAGGGACAACGGCGACAUGCGGAGGAAGACCCUCCUCGCUCUGUUUACAGACCACCAGUGGGUGGCGCCGGCAGUGGCCACCGCCAAGCUCCACGCUGAGUUUCAGUCCCCGGUUUACUUUUACACCUUCUACCACCACUGCCAGACGGAGACGCGACCCGAGUGGGCCGACGCCGCCCACGGAGACGAGAUACCCUAUGUGUUCGGUGUGCCCAUGAUCGGCGCCACGGAUCUGUUCCCAUGCAACUUCUCGAAGAAUGACGUCAUGCUGAGUGCCGUGGUCAUGACUUACUGGACCAACUUUGCCAAGACUGGGGAUCCCAACCUGCCAGUCCCGCAGGACACCAAGUUCAUUCACACCAAGCCCAACCGCUUUGAGGAGGUCAUCUGGACCAAGUUCAACUCAAAGGACAAGCAAUACCUCCACAUAGGCUUAAAACCUCGUGUUAGAGACAACUACAGGGCCAACAAGGUGGCCUUCUGGCUUGAGUUAGUUCCCCACCUCCACAGUCUACAUGAGGUGCUCUUCCCCACCACUACCCGCUCACCGGCAGGCCCUCGCCAGGGCAAUAACGGACCCUGGUCCAGGACUCCGGGCCCUCGCACCACCACCCGUCACCCCUACCCUACAUUCCCCUCUGAAAUGGAGCCCGAGGGGUCUGAGCGUCCACACCAGGACCUCUUCCCUGGAGACAUGAGGGACUAUUCCACUGAGCUUAGCGUGACAGUCGCCGUGGGUGCAUCGCUCCUCUUCCUCAACAUCCUGGCCUUCGCCGCCCUUUACUACAAGCGCGACAAGCGACACGAGAUGCGGCGCCACCGGCUGUCCCCCCAGCGGGGCGGCCCGGCCAACGACCUCGCCCACAGUCAGGAGGAGGAGAUCAUGUCCCUACAGAUGAAGCACUCGGAGCACGACUCGCACCACGACAUGGAGCCUCUCCGGCCCCACGACAUCCUGCGACCCGCCUGUCCGCCCGACUACACGCUGGCACUACGCCGCGCCCCGGAUGACGUGCCACUGAUGACGCCCAACACCAUCACCAUGAUCCCCAGCACCAUCACCAGCAUGCAGCCUCUUCACGCCUUCAACACCUUCCCCUCCACGGGCCACAACAACACCCUGCCCCACCCCCACUCCACAACCAGGGUAUAGUAGGGACUGCCCUGACACAGCACCACCCGAGGACCAGGAAGACUGGCUGUGCUACUGAUCCAGGAGGGAGGCCUCUACAUUAGGGCCUCUCUGCUCUCUUAUGCUCUUACUCCUCAUGUGCUGUCAAACUUAGCAGCUCCCUCCACUGGCGCCGCGGGGAGAAGCAACUGAACUGCACGGCAGCAGACGACCAGUUGGGGGCGGUUUAGAUCUUUUACAGAUACUGUUUUCAAAGAAAGUCGGCUGUUUCCAGACUGAAGCCCUCUGACAUUUGUCAAAGGGGACAUGUGCUUUUACUUUAGUGUCAUCUCUUUUUUCUCUCACUGGUGUAUUACGUGCAUAUAUCGUUCUCUUUUUCUACAUCUGUGUCUUAUCCCUGCUUUUGUUCCUCUCAUUCAACAUGCGAUUCUCUCUCUCCCCCCCCCCCUUUGCUCUACUGUACUGAGCUGCAGGAGGGGACAUUGAGUGCAUACAGUUGGCAUAAAGCUAUGAAAAGACAGAUAUCCGAUAUUUUGUUCUACCAGCAUUCUUUGUGCCAAGUAUGUACUUCUGUGUUUGCGUUCUCAUCGAGGGAGGGGAAAAAAAACUAACCUAAAGAAAAUUCUUGACUAUUCCCAUUUACUGUCAACUAACAGAUGCUGUGUGUUCUCAUGACAAAGUGCCAAACUGGCCCUCGAUUGUGUUUUUAUUUUAUUUUAAUUUUUUUCAAUCAUUUGUUUAAUCGUUGUUUCUUGUGGAACGAAUUUUUUCUGAAAAUAUAGAUAUAGAGAAAUGAUAUUAUAUAUAGUUAUAUAUAAAUGUGUACAAAGGAGAAAGUAUAUAAAAGGGGUUUUCUCAGCGGGGAUCUAUGCAUGAAUUAUUUUUAAAGAUGACGGCGGGGGAUAGGACACUGUAUCUGUCAAUGCACGUUUCCCAAAUCUACUCAAAAACCACACCGGUCCGCUUUGGAUAUCAGUCUGCUUAACCUCACAGAAUGAGAGCAUCACAGGAAAUCCUGACGCAAGUCCCCAAAAAAAAUAAAAGAAAGAAGAAAAUCCACCUCCUCAGCUCCCAGCAAUCAUUUCUUCUUAAAGAAAGAGUCAUUCCUGCAGAUCUCAGAAGAUGUUAGAGUCAAAGCAACAACUGUGAACACAUUCUUCCGUUUCCUCCUUUCUUUCAUAAUCUCAUGGAGGGGAAUUUCUCUAGACCGGGUGAGCGACGCACCGACAGCCAUCCCAUCAUGCAACUGUAGCUCCUUCCUCUAUCCAUCUGCUUUUUUCUUUUCUACUCGAGUUAGCAGAUAUGUUGUUGAAGCCGGCGUGAUCGACAUUAUUUUUGUAUUUCAGCGAGCGUGAGAAACACAGAGGAGACCAACAGCCCCCCCUUGCGCUUUUACAUGCACCUUCCUUCUCCUGUCUGCGCCCCUGAUUCCAACACGUGCAUAUUCUCUUUAAUGUGUGUGUGUGUGUGUGUGUGCGUGUGUGUGGUAUCGGAGCUCCUUCACAUUGGCAUAGGUGCAACCUAAUUAGACAGCGAGGAGAUAGAAAGGCAGACAGGCUAAAGGAUGAUCCCCACAGUAAAAAACUUCGACUCCAGAAUGAGCUCCUUCCCGCUGCCUCCCCUCUCUCCCUCCAUCUCUUCCUCCCUCCCUCCCCUCCCCCCAUCAGGACUCCAGCUCUGUACAUCACGACUGACGCUCCACGACCACGUGACCGCCCGCAACUACCCCACUGUGACCACGAAACUCCAAGUAACCUGACUUCACUGUUUCAGCGCCGCGCCACACGCCAUCGUGUUGGCGCGCGGGGCGAGUUGAGGUUUCGUGAGCUCACCGGUUGUAAAUGAGAACUCCUAAGCACACUGAGGGGAACCGGUGAGCCUUCAUGGCCGCUGCAGAAUGAAAACGGGGCUCAGGUCUCUGACACAGGGUAAAAGCAACACACAUGAUAACCAAUGUUUCUGAUUCCUCUCUUUUUUUUGUGGGGGAGGGGGGGUAAGGAUUUCAAAUAAUACUAGAAAAUGGGUGAUUAUUACAAUAUGUUAUCUGAACUGAUGUGCUGGUACUUGAGCCCACAGGAAACCAACGAUAGCUUCCACCCAGUAUGAGAUAAGUUAGUCACCAGUGUUGUCUUGUGUUUGUUUGUUUUCUAUGAUAUUACUGCCUAACAGGGUGGUGUGGGAGAGAUGUAUACAGUGCCCGGCUGCUCUUGUCAAGAGUUUUUUUUAAAGGGAAAAAUGUGCACAAUGUUCAACACAAGACAACUGCCUCGGCGUGUCACAGACGGGACAGCGGCGCAACGCAAGGUGCACUCCGUGGGGACGAGACAUUGGGAGGAGAUUGGAUACAGACUCUCAGCCUUAAAUAUAUCAGUUAAUCAAUAUCGGAAGAAGGAAAAGAGAGGAGGAAGGAAGCAAGUGAGGAAGUUCAAAGGCAUGGUCAUCUUUCUACCCGCAAAGUUUGUCACAUCGCUACUCAGUCUGAUGGAGGAUCUGUGGGAUCAGAUCCACGUGAACCCUUUUGUACUCGCCCCGGGGCAUUGUGAAGAAAACCUCGCCACAGCACGGCUACAACAACACGGCUGGAGGUGAAAAACCAGGUGUUCAGUUUGGUCCGUUUCAAUUCCUUUGUCUAUUUUCUAAGGCAACACUAGAGGGCGCCAUUUCGGCAGAUUCACCACAGGGCUGCCCAACAGGAAACGGAAAGAAAAAAAGAAACCAAACCGGAUAGCAGGACAGAGACACACAACAUCUGGUGGAGGAUCCAAACUGUACAUUUUUAAGUGUAAGAAUCAAACAGACAAAAUAUUUGUAAAUAUUAAGUUUCUUGUUUUUUUUUCUUUUUUUCUUUUUGGGUGAAUGAAUGAAAUGCUUAUUUUGUAACGACAAAAGACAACAGGUGCAGUUUGCAAAAAAAAGAAGAAAAGUUGGUGAGUAGAAUUUGCUCACCACCAAUCACUGUUCAUAUAGUCACAUUUUCUUUACGCUAUCUUGUUCUCCCAUUGCCCAUCAUGACGUGGGCAUUCUGUAGCAUCAUCAGACACUGUAGCAGAUUUCCCCCCUCCCCACCCACCACAUGACAGAGGCCCUGAUGCUGUAGUUAGCAUUAGCUGUUUUCCAAUUAAUAUUAAUAUUAAUGAAUUUGAAACAUGUAACUAAAUUAUGUGGUUUGCGAUCAUCGAAGCCUCAACUCAUCUUCUCCCCCCCCCCCCCCCUUCAUAAUUUUGCAUCGUUUUGUUUCCCAACGAUCCACCCACUCCUGAUGAAUUCGUGCUGCGUGACUGCUGUGACAUCCAGAGGCUAAAAUACUGAGGAAAGCCAGCUUUGCCUUUUGCCAGCUCACUAAUGUAAUGGCCAGUGUCACGGUCAGGACUUUUAAAGAAGCGGUCGGUUAAAUGUCAGCUCACUUCACAUGUAGCAAUGUUUACAUGUUGCCACUCAAUCACUUGUGGGACAGACAUGAGGGCUUUGAUACCAUUAGAUGCCUCAUAUCCUCAUCGAGCGACGCCAUCACACCUUCCGCCCAGCGUCUCCCUUCCAAACACUGUGUUGCGAUGUGUUUGUGGAGGUUGUGUUGCUCUUACACUGACGCGAUGUAGCAGAAAAGAGUCCUGUGUUCCAAUUGGUUGAGGGACAGACGAUGAUGUUUCAUAGUGGGUCUGCUUGUAUGUAUGUGGACACACGCUGGGCCAAAGUAGCUCACUGCGGCCCUGAGGCUCGCCGAUCGCCAGAGCUUGUGAUGCAUGAAAGCACAUGGUAAACAACUCACAAUGACAAACACAAACACGUAAAUCCUCAGCUUGCCAAGUUGCACCUGUUGUCUUGUUUUUAAAUUCUUUGUUGAAUUCAGAAACCCAAGACUUGAGAUGAAGAAAAUGUUAAAUAAUGGAGUUUAAGAAAAAAAGAUGAUUAUUAAAAAAAGUACAGUAAAACUAUAUAAAUAAAUGAGGUGAUGAUAUUUCUGUUUACUUUAGAAGUUAUUAUACACUGUAUGCUGUGAUUCUGAUCUGGGAAACAUUAAAGACAUUCAUAGCCAGA